CAAUCGAUAAUAUUGUCAAAUGCAACAACGAAAAGAAAAAAAAUAGCUCACAAUUCUCCCAAUAAUAGAUUUGGGAAUUGUGUGAUAAACAAAAAAUAGCAACUAAAGCAAUAUUUUCUAUCAACACAAUUACAAAAUGGAACGCAACAAUGGACGCUAUCCCUACAUUCGCCGCCAGGGCAGUGGCAACGGACCACACAACCAUCAUCAUCAUAAUAAUGCAAAUUCAGCAUCGGCUGCUUCGCCAUCUUCGGCAUCAACAGCAACAAACACAUCGCAUAGCACACAAUACUCCAAUAAUAGCAUUAAUAAUGCAACAACUAACACCAAUGUGCUCUAUGCAACUGUCUCGCAACAACAACAACAGCAGCAGCAAAAUGUACCCAUAUCACAGCACGAUGAAUUAAUACGUUACAUUCGCGAGGCUUGGAAUAAAGUGAGCGAACAGGGUGAAAUAUACUGCAAUGAAUCUGAUAAUCAAUUAAAAAAUUUCAAACCAUUCAAUCUGGAAGAGUAUUGGGGACAGCGUCUGGUACAGAAUAUACAUGUUACCACAACACAUCAGUAAAAAGAACAAAACAAUCUAUAAUUCAAUAAAGGACAAUUGCGCGUAACACCGUUAGCGUAUAGACUAAGUAAAAUGUAAAAUUCUAUAUAAAUCGCAUAUGCUUUGACAACAACACAAAGAUCUGUAAAUUGCUGUUUUUCACAUC